ACCAACAACAGUGUCCACGUCAGGGAGGAGCUAUGGCUGCAGCAGCGCUGUGUGUAAUCGGAUGGUCUGGUCAGGUACAGAUUGGUGUGGGAUUUGUGAUGCCACUCAACAAGUGGCAUUACAUAUUCAAGUCUGCUUCCGGCGGAAAGUGCCCAUUAGAGCUGGCAUGGCACCUGUGGACACCAGUGCAAGCAGGUGAAAGCAGCGUGACUGGACAGGCCUGCCGGACAAUGUGCCGCGCAUCUGGGAAGCUUCCGGCAACACCGGAGAAAGUGGCUGCUUUGAAGAACUGCCUGGAGAAAUACAUAAGUGACCAUCCAAUGAUGCCACCUGCACCACAUCCGGAGAACCACCUUGCUUCCCUGCGAAAGCACCUUUGGAGCUUUCUUUUACACAAGCAGGACGCCAGGGCAAGCGAGUGGAAAAGUAAAUACAGUACAAGUCCAGUGAUGCUUUUUCAAUAAAGUGUGAUGAUAUGCUACGUA